UCGAUGCUCUUGGGCAGCCGGCUGGCUGGCUUCCAGAACCGAAAGUGGCGUCAAAACCGGCCAGUUUAUCGUCUUCGGCCCGUCUCAUCGCGUCUCCUUUGCGGGUAACUUGUGUCAGCUUUCCCGGCGGCGUCCACUGGGUUCGGUUCGUGUGUUUUCGGAGCCGAGAGAAGCAAACAUGGAGAUCGAGAAGGAAGUGAAGAAGAUGACGCUAGGACACGAGUUUGGUGCGGGCGCUGCCUGCCUCAAGUGUAAAGACAAGUGCGAAGGUUUCGAGCUUCAUUUCUGGAGAAAAAUCUGUCGUAACUGCAAGUGUGGCUUGGCGGAACACAAUGUGCAGAUGAACUCAGAGGAGAACAAAAAGGUAGGGAAACUCUUUGAGGACACCAAGUACACUGGCCUCAUCGCCAAGCUGAAGACGGAUGGCGUCUCCAUGUAUCGCGGCAACGCCGUCACCAUCACGCUGGGCGGCCCCGCCACUGCCCACACCGUGCUACCUGCCACCGCCGCCGCAGCAGUACCUCACACCGCCAUUACCGCCGCGGGUUCCGUCCCGCCAGCGGCAGCCUUAGGAGGUAUGGCGUCUGGCGGCGUCCAGGCAUCCUCAGUAGGUGCGGCGCCCGGCGGCGUCCAGGCCCGGCCGGCGCCUCCUGGGGUCGCCCCCGUCAAGGCGAACACGGCGAGCGUUUCCAUCAAUUCCACCACGGCCAACGUAGUACCAGUCACCAAAGAUGAGCCCCUCAAGUCCGUCACGUACGAUUGGGCGCCCCCUGUGGCUAACAAAUAUGUGGCUGUUCGCUACAUUGAGCUGCUCCCACCCGAGAAGCGCCCUGUGACUGGCACGGAAGGCGCCGCCUACCGCCGGCAGCAGAUGGCCCGCCAGUUGCCCGAACACGACCAGGACCCCGCCAAGUGCCACGAGCUGAGCCCUGCCGAAGUCAAGCAGAUGCAGCAGUUUGUGCGCAAGUACAAGGACGAGGCGCUGGGUGUCGGUGAUGUGAGGCUGCCCGAGGAGAUGGCUCUGGUGCAGGAGGCGGCCGCGGGUCAGGGUGGACCAGGUGGGGCCAAAGCAGCAGGGCUAGGAACUGUGGGUCUCAAGGGGGCAGCUGGAGCUGGAGGGGCAGGGUCCACAUCGGCCGGAGGCGCCGUGGGUACCGCGGCCACCGCUGGAGCCAUGACUGCCUCGGGACCCCCGCAGCAAAGCUUCUCGUGCCGCCGCUGCGCUCAGCCGAUGCGCAUGGGCGACCCGGCCGUGUAUGCCGAGCGGGCAGGCUAUGACAAGCUGUGGCAUCCGGCCUGCUUCGUGUGCUGCACCUGUGAAGAGCUGCUGGUGGACAUGAUCUACUUCUGGAAGCGCGGCAAGCUCUACUGCGGACGCCACUACGGCGACAGCGAAAAGCCACGCUGCGCCGGCUGCGAUGAGCUGAUCUUCUGUAACGAGUACACGCAGGCCGAGGGCCAAAAUUGGCACCUGAAGCACUUCUGCUGCUUCGAUUGCGACCUGGUCCUGGCCGGAGAGACAUACGUGAUGGAGCAGGACAAGCCUGUUUGCACGCCGUGCUACAUGAACAACUACGCUGUGAAAUGCGCGGGGUGCGGUGAAGCGGUGGAGCCCGAGGCUCAGCGCGUGUCGUACGGUGCGUACCACUGGCACGCGGCGCCGCAGUGCUUCAAGUGCUCGGGCUGUGCCAAGGUUCUCAUGGGCCAGCGCUUCAUGGCGGUGCAGGGAAAACUAUUCUGCUCUGUUGAGUGCAAGAAGAACGCACCCGCCUAGAAGCGUAAUUCAAGAUGGCAGGCGUGAAUUCAAGAUGGUAGCGUGGUGUUGAGGUGAAUCCAUUGUAUGAGUGCCUUAAAGUUUGCACUUUUUCGAUUCAGGUCUCAGUCAUGCAACGACUGAUUUUCAGAACAACUCCAUUAGCUUGUGUCAUUCAAAUAUGAAUAAAUGACUGAAUAUUUGCUGAUUUCCUAGUUCUCCAUUUUGGUUUGAAGCAGCCAUUUUAGGCUCACAGUAUUUUGUAUGUUGCCAAGGGGUCAUUCUUCGACAGAACAAGUCCGAGAGAUUUUGUCUGACUGCUACCAAAUUGGAAGCAUGUGUACUAGACAAAUGGCCGAGACUAAAUUGUUUUUUGGUGGUGCGCACAAGACACUUUUAAAAUUCAGCCCUCAAAGCCAGUUCCACGUAGCAACAUGAAAUUUGGUGUGCAUGUCUAUUAUGAGUACAACCACAAAAAAAGUCUGAAGAAGCCAUGCCUGAAAAGAGACAGGACUUCUACCAUUUUGGUUUGAAGCGUCCAUUUGUCGCAAUCAGGCAUUUCAAGACUUUUGUAAAAAAUCAGCCCCUGAAGCCAUUGUCGCUCAGCAACUUGCCAUUUGGUAGGCACGUCUGUCAUAAGUGGACUCACAAAAAAAAGUUUCAAUAAGCCAUGUCCAAAAAGACAAGCAGUCUGUCAUUUUUAAAAAUGUUUUGUUUUUGUUUUUAAAGCGGGAAUAUUAGGUGGCAUCUCCAGGGAACUCUUCUGUAAUGUAAACUGUUAAGAAAUGUAAUUUUCAACAUUAAAUGGCCUUUGAAUGUGUCAUGUA